AGGCGUGUGGGUGAGGGCCAGUCAUAUGACUCGCUCGGCUUCCUGGCUCCGGCCGCCGCCGCCCGCCUGUGUCUACCCGUUUCGCUCCGGGGCUCUAAGGAGCCGUUAAGGAGUCCAGGCCGAGGCUCGGUGCUGUGGAAGUCGUCGUCAUCGCCGUUCUCCCGCCCUCCCGUCUGUCCUCUGCAGGCCGUCACCAUGCUGGCGCUCAUCUCCCGCCUGCUGGACUGGUUCCGCUCGCUCUUCUGGAAGGAGGAGAUGGAGCUCACGCUCGUGGGGCUGCAGUACUCGGGCAAGACCACCUUCGUCAAUGUCAUCGCGUCAGGUCAAUUCAGUGAAGAUAUGAUACCCACAGUUGGCUUCAACAUGAGGAAAGUAACGAAAGGUAACGUCACAAUAAAGAUCUGGGACAUAGGAGGACAGCCCCGAUUCCGGAGCAUGUGGGAACGGUAUUGCAGAGGAGUCAAUGCUAUUGUUUAUAUGAUAGAUGCUGCAGACCGUGACAAGAUAGAAGCUUCUCGAAAUGAACUACACAAUCUUCUAGAUAAACCACAGUUACAAGGAAUUCCAGUACUAGUACUUGGAAACAAGAGAGAUCUUCCAAAUGCCUUGGAUGAGAAACAGCUAAUUGAAAAAAUGAAUCUGUCUGCUAUUCAGGAUAGAGAAAUUUGCUGCUAUUCAAUUUCUUGCAAAGAAAAGGAUAAUAUAGAUAUCACACUUCAGUGGCUUAUUCAGCAUUCAAAGUCUAGAAGAAGCUGAAACAUCUCCUGAAGUCUUCCAGUCCUUCUUGGCUAUAAUCCUAGAAUUAUUGUCCGUUCCUCUGAAGUACUUCCCAGAAUAUGGUCCUUCGUAUACCUAAGAAAUUGCCUUUUUCAGAGUUUAUUUCUCAUGUGCACUGCUGAAGAUGUGUAACCCUGUUCCUUUACAAAGAAUCAUCUAGAGUUGUCAUGAUAAAGUCAGCACACACAAAAAGGUUUCUCCCAAUACAGAACUUGUGUUAAACAGUAUGUAGAGCUUUUUGUUUUGUUUUUAUUUUUACCAAAAGAAUGUGUAUUUUUACCAUCUUAAAUCCAGAAAGUUGCAUAUUUCCAUUCUGGUCUUUCCGGGCCAGUUUUUUAUAUUGGUUUUCAGUAAAUGUCUAUAUUUCAUUAUAGAGUCCAAUAGCUUAAUACUGAUAAUGACUUGAUACAGCAUGAAAUUUCUAGUGCCACACACAGUAUUUAGAAAACCUUUUAAGCCUGAUUAAUGUGAGAACAUAAACAUAAUGUUUAUCUUAUCUCACAAAUGCAUGUGAAAUGUAUAAUUACAUCUUAGGAAUUAAACAGUGGUCUGCAAACAGGUAGCAGAGGCAUCGUAUACAUGUUGCUGGUUCUUUAUACUGGAGAGAUACUACCUGAUGAAUUUUACAGACAUUCUGAUUUUUGAGAAUCCUUUAUGAGAGAGAACAGUUAGAAGUGUGAUAGGAGUUAGUGCAUGCUGUUUUAUAUCUGCCCGGAUCAUACAUUUUUUUAAAAUGCUUUUUCCUUUCAGUACACUUUUUUAAGGGGUUGGGAAUUGAAGAUUUUCUCAAAAGCUUUCAUGAAUUUGGAGUAUUUCAGCCAAUGUAAUAAAGCCUGUUAAGAAUGUCAGACUUUGUUCAAAUACCUGUUUGUUCUUUGUAUCUCCCAGUCAUCAAAUCAGUGCUGCUGCAUGAUAUUUUAACUCUUGACUUUUUAUAUCCAGUCAUGAAGUUGACUUUCAGCACAAAAGACACAAACAGAUAAAAAUUUUUGUUUUUUCUUACUAACAUAAGAUUUGGCACUCUUUUGUCUAGUGCCAUUAGACGUCUUGAUUAUUGUGACAACUCUAGACCUGCCUGCUUUGUCUAACAUAAUCAUGUACAGCGUCUACAGGUUGGUUAGUAGUCAAUCACACAGAGAACUGAGGAACUGAUGCUGUUUUAUUGUUUGCUUCUAUGAUACAUAAAUGUAUAAAAACAUAAAAUGAACAUAUUUUAUAGUUUAGUGAUCUCCAUAUACAUAAAGGGACAUACUAGUACUGGUUCACUUAUAAAUUGUUAUUCAUACAGACUGCUGUAGUACAUACAACUGUGGUACAAUUGCUUAUAUGUUGCCUCACACUGUGUGUGAUUUUGUUUCUUGUGUUAAGCAGCACUUAUGUAGACAGUGCAUUUUCAGAUGUGUUGAACACUCAGUGUAGUCAACAGUAAUUCUUUUAAUGAAUACCAGUUUUAAUUUAUAGACUGCCAUGGCCUUAAAACUAUUCUGUACAAAGUACCGCACUGUAUUGCACAGGCACUACUUGUUGUUCUUCAUUCACAUUUUUACUGAGGAGACUGUGUGGGCUUUAAAAGUUCUCUUGUUAUUCUUUGAGGCAUAUUGCACAGUUCCCAAAUAGAAUGGGUAGUUCUGUAAAUGAAGGGAUAUUUGAACUUGCUACCAUAGUUUAAUAUCAUUAAUGGUCACCAGGUAAACAAUGUGGGAAUUUGGGCCUAAAAAGAAAUUGGAGCUAGAAUGUGUGACUGUUUGGGUACUACCUAGGUUUGUUAACUGACUUAUAGCUGGCCCUUAACGUGUUUGUGUGACUAUUUAUUGCUUUCAGCAUUUCAAGACAUCUAAAUGCUACUUAUCAACAUUUUCCUGUGCAUAACCUUUGCAUGUAAAAACUUAACAGUUACCAAACUUUGUAAAUAAGUACAUUUUAUUUAGGUGGAUGCAUUUUUCGUCUAUUUACUGCUCUUCUUAGCUUUAUUCAAUAAAAUUGCAUUUUGAGGGUUGUAUUAGCAGUUUAAAAAUGUGCAUCAUGAUGGAAGGUGCAGACUUUUUUGGAAAAGCAUAGCAAAAAAAUUACCACGAGGAGAGGAAGGUCUGUAGACCAUCUGCUAGAGAGAAUCAACUCAUCUGUCAAAAGAGUUGGGUCUGAGGGCUAGUUAAACUAGAAAUAAACUUUUAACAUAUCCAGAGUUGAUAUUGUGAUUUUUUUUUUUUUUUUUUGAGGGAAGGGGAUGCUGCUACUUUUUAAAAGUUUUGUCAUGAUAACUUGAAAUGUGGGACUUCUAAAUGGCUGGAGUUGGUAACACAUUUUCUAGUCCAGUUUUUAAACUGAAAGGAAAGUCCUCCUAAUUAACUAAAAUUGAAAAGACAUGCCUACUUACUGACUUCAGAAUAAAAAUAUUUUAAAUAAAAAUUUUCAUUGUGGAGGUUUUCCCACAGAGGCACAUUUGUUUAGAAUAAAGAAUUUGGUUCAUUUUGCUAGGAUGUUAUUUAUUGUUUGUAUGAUGAAUCAGUAUUUAUCUCAUCAGAGCUAUUGGAGAAAAAUAUUCAGUAAAGUUAUAUGCCCUGUAAAGUUUGUUCAGCUUUCUCUGUGUUCAUGGUGUCAUUCUGUAUAGCCAAACCCUAAUUGACUAAUUGGAUGUGUGAGAAAUAUAAAUUUCUCAGCAGAAGUCAGGAGGGAGAAAAGAUGCCUUAGCUUUAUUUUACCAGCAUUACCAUAGGAAUUUUUCUUUCUUUUUUUGCUAUAUUGAUGGAGCUAUUUUGUCCAGUUGACCCUUGUUUUUUUUUUUUUUUGGAGACAGAGUCUCGCUAUGCAGUUCCGGUUGGCCUUGAGCUCACUUUGAAUCCCAGGCUGGCCUCGAACUCAAAACAAUUCUCCUGCCUCAGCCUUCCAAGUGCUGCGAUUACAGGCGUGAGCCACCACACCCGGCUUCUUUUUUUAAUCAUAUUUUAUUAGGGUAUGUUAAUAUUACAUGAUGAUUGGGUUUAUUUCUGGAAGUUGGUACAUGCAGUUACUAAAUUAUUUGGUCUCUUCUCACUGGUCUACUGGAGUGUGAGAGGUGAGACGGGUUGUUGAAGAUACAUAUUUAGAUGAAUUCUCUGUAUGUUUACAUCUGUUUAUAAAAUUUUUUUUUUGUUUUAUUUUGGUGCUAGCAAGUAACAGUUAAGCUCAGGCCUUGGCACUGAGCUGCAUACCAAACCCUUUAAAUGUUUUCCUUUUUAAAAUUUUGAAAUAGAAUUGCUGAGUUGCCCAAACUGGGCUUGAAUUUCUGAUCCUUUUGCCUCAGCUUCACAUAGUGAUGGGGACUAUAAGUGUGCCACAACAGCCAGCUCAAAAAAACAGAUUUCUAAAAUUAAUUCCUUUGAUUCUGUCAAGUAAAUUGGGUGUUUUGGGCCCUGCCUACUUUUGUCUACAUUGAUUUUUAUUUUACUUUUUUGACAAGGAAUUGCUUGCCCAUUGUCCAUGUAGGAUGAGUUACACUGGAAUUCUGUUGAUACUGUAAUUAUAGGCUCUCAAAAUGUUCUUUUAUUUUGCUCACUCUAAUGGAAACCUAAAUGUAAUAUAGCAGGUACCAUAUUGUAACACAUCCAGCUGGCCUAAUGCUUGGUUCUAAAAAUGUAUGCCACUGCAGGGAAACUUAUCAUGUUUUGUCUUCAAAGUAAUUUCAUUUUUUAUCACAAACUUUUAAGAUCAUGCUCUCAACAAAGCAUAUGCAAUGAAGAGACUCGAAAAGGAAGACCGUAAAGUAAACUAGCCUCACAGACUUCCUGUAAGUUGCUGUUACACAAGUGUGUGGCCCAUUGCAGGUGUUUCCUGUUGGUUGAUAAAUACUCUCCACACAAUUUCUGUUCAGACUUCAGCUAUUAAUAAAAGUACUCUCAUCUCUGGUG